AUGCCGACCAUAAAAUGGGCAAAGCGCACGGUGGAACAGAGGGAUGUGCCGGGAAUCGAUUGCGCUUACUUGGCCAUGGAUACUGAAGAGGGCGUUGAAGUCGUCUGGAACGAGGUCCAGUUUUCGGAAAGAAAAAAUUUCAAGAACCAAGAGGAAAAAAUUCAACUAAUUUUCGAAAAUCUCACCCAGCUCGAGCAUCCGAACAUUGUCAAAUUUCAUAGAUAUUGGACUGAUACGCAUAACGAUAAACCACGGGUCAUAUUCAUCACAGAAUACAUGUCGUCAGGUUCGUUGAAGCAAUUCCUCAAGAGGACCAAACGAAACGUGAAGAGACUGCCACUGCAAGCUUGGAGGAGAUGGUGUACUCAAAUCCUCUCAGCCCUGAGUUACUUGCAUUCCUGUUCUCCACCAAUCAUCCACGGCAAUCUGACCUGCGAUACCAUUUUUAUACAGCACAAUGGGCUCGUCAAGAUCGGAUCAGUGGCUCCCGAUUCGAUAAACCAUCAUGUUAAAACGUGCCAGGACGGUUUCAAAAAUAUGCAUUUCAUUGCGCCCGAACAUCUCACUCAUGCGGGCCCCCCAAUCGACAUCUACUCCUUUGGGAUGUGCGCCUUGGAAAUGGCUGCCCUAGAGAUAGUCGGCAACGGAGAUUCCGGCAACAAGGUUACCGAAGAGAACGUCAGCAAGACCAUCGACUCACUGGAGGAUGAGACGCAGAAAGAUUUCAUCAGGAAGUGCCUGUCGGAGAACCCAGACGAGAGGCCUACUGCGAAGGAGCUGCUCUUCCACCCUCUGCUGUUUGAAGUGCACAGUCUGAAAUUAUUGGCUGCUCAUUGUUUAGUUAAGAAGACUGGUAGGUACCUCUGCCAAACUGAACAGAAUUAAAAAUGAUAUAAAAAUAUUUGUUAUCCUACGAAAAGUUUUAAUAUCUUACAAAAAGUAUUCUCACCUGUAGAAAAU